UUACCCGGGCUACUCCCAUUCGAAUCGGGGUACUCUAACUCUGCAAUUCCACAUGCCCAAUCGAAUCCUCUGCAAUCCCCAAUCUCGAAACCCUAGCUCUAAUUCCCCGUGAAAUGGAAUCGAUCGGGGUACUCCUUGUUCGCCGAUUGCAGCCCUACCUCGAACAAGAGCUAGAGAAACGCUACAAGGUGUUCCGCACGUGGGAUUACCCGCAGAAAUCCCAGCUGCUCAGCCACCACGCCGCCUCCAUCCGCGCUAUCGUGUGCCACGCGAGAGCCGGCGCUGACGCGGAGCUGAUCGAGGCUCUGCCGGAGCUGGAGAUCGUGUCAAACUACGGCGUGGGAGUGGACAAGAUUGACUUGAACAAAUGCAGGGAGAAGGGUGUUCGCGUCACCUACACCCCCGACGUGUUGACCGAUGAUGUCGCCGACUUGGCUAUUGGCUUGAUCCUCACACUCCUCAGAAGGAUCUGCGAGUGUGAUGGCUACGUCAGAAGCGGGCAAUGGAAGAAAGGUGACUACAAAUUGACCACUAAAUUCUCUGGGAAAACCGUUGGCAUUGUUGGACUGGGAAGGAUUGGAGUCGCAAUUGCGAAGAGAGCUGAAGGAUUUAACUGUCCAAUAUGUUACUAUUCUAGAACUGAGAAACCAGAAUCAAAAUACAAAUACUACCCUAGUGUCGUUGAAUUAGCAUCCAACUGUGAUAUACUAGUUGUUGCUUGCUCUCUUACACAGGAAACCCAUCACAUCAUCAACCGGAAGGUUAUUGAUGCACUUGGUUCCAAGGGGUUUCUGAUUAACAUUGGACGAGGUACACAUGUUGAUGAGGCAGAGCUGGUCUCUGCAUUGGUUGAAGGUCGUUUGGGUGGAGCUGGGCUGGAUGUGUUUGAGAAUGAGCCUCAUGUUCCUGAAGAGCUGUUUGGGUUAGAAAACGUUGUCUUGGUUCCUCAUGCUGGACCCGCCACAGUAGAAACUAGAUUUGCUAUGGCUGAACUUGUCCUUGGAAACCUGGAGGCUCAUUUCCUUGGAAAACCACUGUUAACUCCCUUGGUUUAACAUCUGUGGUCUGCAACAUGAGAUUUGGUUUACUUGCAUUCAGUUACAUUAACAUCAAUCAGUAUCAGAAAAAUGCUAUCUGUGCGGGAAUGAGAUGCAAGAAGUGAGUUGUAGUACUUUGUGGUCUCACAUUUCUUUGCUCAAAUCUCUUUCGUUGAUCCUUCCCUUGAUAAUCGCUUCCUCCGCCAAACUGGACGCAGAUGAUGCCAUGCUGUUCCACCAUCACCUCCCUUGACAAUCGCUUCCCUUGAUUUCCCUUUUCUGGAUUACCAGCCAAGAUAUUUUCCUCUUCUCAGUGGGCAAUUCCAAUGCCAUUAUGGAGAAACCAAUUCCUUAGCUAUGGAUGCCAAUUCUUUUGCUCCAGCCACCAUUUUGAUACUAUAGCAACACAUUUUGUACUGUUACGGCUUCAAAUUGUGGUGGUUUGCUGUCUUAAGGGACUGCCACGUAUCUGUGCUCCAAUAACAGGUUUUUUCCCCAAUAGAACAGUUAUUGCAAUACACAUCAAUUACAGUAUUCUUCCUAACCUAGCUUUAUUAUGCUGAUUAUGCUUUUGUUUAGUUGUUUUACUGUUACCAUGGACAACUUUGCUAUUGUUCACUGUUCAGUCCAAAUUAUGUAUUGAUUCAUCGGUUUUCUUCCCUUUAAAACCAUAUAACAACUUGUAAUGUUAGAAGUUGUCGUGGAGAAGCUACUUUAUAGGCAUGUUACAUUUCCUUCCUCUAGCCAUUCUCAUUUGCCAAGGAGUAUUAAUUCAAUGCAUACUCUUGUGUGGAAUUUGAUUCAAUGCUGUGACAGGAAGGCCCAUUAGUUUCUUCUAUGCUCUUUGUAGCUGUUUCAAGUAUAUCUUUGUAGCAGGAAAUGUUAUGCUGAAAAUUUCCGGUCAUGCUUAACAUUCUGCUCUCAGAAUAAGUGUGAAGUAUCUGCAAAUUUAUGUGAUAAUAGCGACAAUGAUUUGCAACAGCGCUGGAGUGCUUAUGAUAACAUGGGACUGCAGAGGUAACGACAUGAUGGCGGCAUCUAUAGCUUGUCAAAGCUGUGUCAGGUGCUUUGUCAGCAAUGGGUUGUAGGCGCUGUGUUGCAGCAGCAGAUAUUAAGGUGGCAAAGAUUGAUCCCUAUUUUCCAUUUAAGCUUUGUGCGUUUCUUGCCUAAGGACCUUCCUCAUGUGUAGCACCACUGUUAAUAUUAAUUCUAGUGAUUAUGAUAAAUGAAGAUUGUUUGAGCUUCUUGAUAUCUAUGUUGUUGCUUCUCAGUGUCUGAACAAUUGUAAAGAUAUAGUUAGUUCAUCCUCAUUGUGUGAUUUCUUGAUCUGAUUGAAAAUAGAUAGGAAACAAUUUUUCA